AUGACACACGCGAUAUCCCGGAUAUCGGUGUCGGAUUGCGGCUCGGCGCGGUUCGGAGGUGGUGACGUCACUCGGUGCGCGAAAAUGGCGGCGGCGGCGCCCGAGCAGUGUACGUCAAUAAAAAUAACAGCGUACACUUGCGCGACGCGACACGGGCGGCCCGCGAGAGAAACUCCCAAAACCACACGACACGGCACGACACGACACGUCACGUCAAGACACGUCACGACACGACCCCCGGAAAACGUCUUCUCGCCCGUCGAUUGCACGAGGAGGCCCUCACGCCUGGCAGUAGAUCUAUUGCGUUCUAAUCUCAUGUCUAUCGGCCUA